AUGGCAGCUGCGGAUAGUCACAAUAAUAAUAAAAAAAGAUCCAACAGAAGAAGAAAGAAGAGAAGAACAGAAGACUUUUCAUCAUCAAGUGAAUCUUCAUCCUCAUCAUCCUCCGAUUCAGAACAUGAAAUCGACGAACAACCAUCCGAAAUAGCAAUCGAACAAGCUGUAGUCACACAAGGCAAUAUCAACAUAGAUGAUAUGGAAAUCGACUCAGAUAACGAAAAUAACAACAAAGAUAAAAUACCCGAUAAUUUAACCAUCGACCAGAAAAGACUAUUAAAUGAUAAAACAUUUACAACUACACCAAUUUCAAAUUUAACACAUGAACAACAGCAACUUAAGAAUAUAUCUAAUUUAAAUGAAAUUACAUCGAAUUUGAAUCAAACUAAACAAAGUUUGAAUAAUGAUUUCUUGAAAGUUAUGACUAAUGAGUUUAAUGAUGAUUUGGAUGAAUUAAGAAAGAAACCUGAUUUUAAAUCUUUGGUUCUUUUAGCCAAAACUUUACAACUGGGUCUGAACAUGUUUGAUGUUGACGUUUUGACUGAUUUACUUGAAGAAGAAGAAGUAGCAAAAGGAUCUAAGUAG